AUGAACGACUUCGAGGCAUAUCAACAGCGCAAUACUGAGCCACCGCGACGUGAAGCCCCAGACUGGGACAGCGACCGAUCAGUGAUCUUUAGAGAAACCGAUAAUCCAAAUGGAAUCUUCACGUCCGCGCCCAAGGAGGCAUUCAAGCUUGGGUAUUUUGACGUUAUGUGUCUGGUGCUUAACCGGAUGAUUGGAACCGGUAUCUUCAACUCGCCUCAGCGAGUAAUGGAGGGAACCCGUUCAACAGGCGCUUCUCUUCUUCUAUGGCUUGCCGGGAUGAUAUAUUGCCUCUCUGGAGUCCAUGUCUAUAUUGAAUACGGUCUCAAUGUCCCACGCUACACCAUUAAUGGUAUCGAGCAAAGCGUGCCUCGCAGCGGCGGCGACCUAAACUAUCUCCAGUAUGUGUAUCGAAAGCCUGCAUAUCGAAGCGGCACCGUGCUCCUAAGUACAUGUAUGUUCGGCUUCUGCUUUGUCGCUCUUGGAAACAUGGCAGGCAACUGUAUCAGCUUUGCUACAAGGGUCCUUUAUGCAUCAGGCAACGAUGAUCCAGCCCCUGGAACAGUCCGAGGCAUUGCUAUUGGCAUCGCAAUUCUUACUUGCUUCAUUCAUACUUUUUCUCGAAGAGGAGGCAUCCUUCUUAACAAUAUGCUGGCCAUGAUCAAAGUGAUGAUUCUACUGCUUAUUAUCAUUACGGCUAUUGUUGUUGGGGCUGGAGGAUUGAAGACACACGAUGGGGGAAAAGUCAAGAACUACAUACCGGAGAACACCCAACCUUCUCGGGCCUUCGAAGACUCCGGUGAUGCUAAUGGAUAUGCACAUGCUUUCCUCGCUAUUAUCUUUAGCUUCUCUGGUUUUGAGCAGCCAAACUAUGUCAUGGGCGAGAUUAGUAGGCCAAGGCGGAAGCAUCCAAUCGCGAUGAUGCUUGGUGUCGGCAUCGCUAUCCUGUUAUACAUGGCUGUCAACAUCUCUUAUAUGGUUGUGGUCCCCAGAAACGCUCAAAUAACCACCAACGUAGCGCAAGAGUUUUUUGAGCGAACACUCGGGUCUUUAACAGAGAAUGAGACUGGGAAGCGGAUUUUCAACGCAUUCCUGGCCAUAUCAAGCAUGGGAAACAUCAUUGUCAUGACUUACACAGCUGCACGUGUAAAACAAGAGAUUGCCAAGGAAGGUGUCAUUCCCUAUGCCAAGUUCUUCGCUCAAGACGGCGAUAUAUCCCUCGGGCGCCUAUUAUCCUGGUUUCAAAAGAAAGGAAUGUUCAGUUCCCUCUUGAGCACACGCUGGUUCUCACCUGAGGACCACAGGGAGAGGACCCCAGUUGGCGCCUUCUUGUUGCAUCUUACCUCGUGUUUUAUCCUUAUCUUCGCCACCUGGGGUAUGUCCCCUACCAACUCCUACACAUUACUCACAAGCUUGAGUGCAUAUGUUAUCAACGCCUUCUUUGGUAUCUUCUUGGGGCUGGGUAUUCUUAUACUGCGCUUUAAGGGUCCCCCAAAAACGGACAAGGGUGAGACGCAAAGCCCUGCAGCAGCUCCCCAGACGUGGCGCCAGAUGACAGGGAAGCACAUCAACCCAACCCUGAGCGUCAUAUGUGCAGUCAUAUAUAUCGUUGGUGGUCUAUGGCCAAUUGUCACCAUUUGGAUCAAGCCUGCCAUCAGGCAAAGUCUCCGCUGGUGGCUUAUACCCGUCAUUACCUGGUCAAUCAUUGGCGGCAGUGUGCUCUGGUACCUCGGCUUCGUAUCCUUCGCAUGGCGCAGGAAGCAGAAGAGAAACGAGAUAUUUGUGGUAGAGAAGAAGCCCGAGUUCGAGAGUGCCGAUGCUGAUGGCUCGGGAGAGAAGCCCAGUGGGUACGUUCUGGUGCACGAGACGGUGUAUCUAAGCUGGAUUGCAGGUGAGGUUCACGAGUCGAGUGGCACUGGGCCGGCAGGAGGCUUUGAAGAACGCACUGCCACGAUGUCAGCGCCCUCGGCCAGCAGAUAUGCAGGAACAGAUUUUGAAGCAUUCUAUCAGGAGAAUCAUUCUCAGCCCACCAAGGCGUAUCAUGCUCAUUACAGGCCAUGA